UCAUUCAUAUGGAAGCAUUCAAACGAACGAAUGGUUAUGGAACAUCGUUUUUUGCACAAUAGGAGUGACAAUGCCUGGCUGCUAGGGGACUCUGGAUAUCCACUUGAGCCGUGGUGCAUAACACCGUACAGAAAUCCAUCGGACGGAUCAGGUGAAGCAAGGUUCAAUGAAAUUCAUUCCAAGGCACGGUGCAUCAUUGAACGAACUAAUGGUGUACUGAAAGGUCGGUGGAGAAUCCUAGAAUACAACAAAAAAGGAAGAUAUGAUCCUAUAAAAAUGGCUAGGUUUGCGAAUGUGUGUGCAGCGCUUCACAACAUUUGUAUACAAUUUAAUGUGAGCUUUACAGCAACAAAUUCAGAGAGUCAAACCACAUCUGACAUAGUGUCUGGAGAAGGCCAGUAUACUAGAAUCGGCCAAACAAUCAGAGAUCAAAUUAAAAUCUCGUUGAUGAACUCGACAUAACCAUCUUGUUUUCAUAUUGUACUAUUAUGCUAUGCAUUUAAUGCUUUUUUUUACUCCAUUUAAAAACGUAAAAUUUAGUUAAUUUAAACUAGAA